AUGUCGACCCUCUCGAACACCACGAGCGCUCUUCUACCCUUAACCCACCCUGAAAUCGAAUACCGUGGCGUGCAAGACCUUAAGCUCGAAGGCCUAAACGACAAUCGACCGCUCAAUGGGUCUGGGAAUUCUGGGAAUGCAACGUUUGUGGAUGACCUUGAGGUUUCCCCUAAUGGGGCUCAGUGGAAGGACCACUUGGAGGCUUCGGAAUUGCCUACAAUGUUUCCAGUGAGUCGUAUCUCGUUGCAUUCUAACCCGCGCACUCCGUUCAUAUUCCGCAAGCUCGAAGUGACGGACAAGCGCUACGAGAACAAUCCACCGGGUCCGAAGCUACGGGUAUUCUUCUUUUCGGAUUCUGGGUUCCUUGUCGAAUGUGCUGGUGACAGUUACCGUUAUUCGGCGACCAAUCCCACUGUACAAUGGAUGCAGCAGGGCUUCGGGGUCUCUUCUUUUUUCUUCAAAGCAUUGGUUCAUCCGCUCUGGACGCCUACUCAUGAACAUGUCUCAUUUAUUCGUCGAGGCAAGGAUGGAAAAUCGUCUUCAUUAGAUGGUUUCUAUCAGUCAAGAAAUCCGACAGGAGAGCCCCUUCACCACGCCGUGUGGUUCUCUCAUAGUCUUACUAGGGAGCAAGUAUCAACUUAUUUCGUCUGCAAUGUCCCUAAAGAAGCCAAGAACACGAUUCGCGCAUGCUCGGAGGAAUGCCGUUACCCUCUUCUUCUGCGCCCCAUAAGUAUUGAUCUGCUCUUCGUUGAGGCCCGAUUAUGGACCAUGCAGGCCUCGUUACGGGAGUCUGCUACUAGCAUUCUCCGUUUCACAAUGUGGGAAGAAGACCGAAGUUUGAAAUCCUAUCUGACCCCCGGGAAGGCCGCUACCGCUAUCACUGACUUGCAUGAUGGGUCUCGAGUGCUGCAUAUUCUCGGGGCAUAUAUAGGCGACUUGCAAGACAAUUUACGAUUUCUAUUUACCAUCCAGCAGCAGUUGUCUGCUCUCUUGCCCCCAGGUGAAGGCGACCAGAAAGACGGAUCAAGCUCAAGUUCGAUCUCCGAGUCACUGGAACAUCUUCUCAGACGCACCGAGCACGUCAUGCGCUGGCAGAAUGCGCACCGGAAACGCUUUGCUACCCAAAUAGCUCUAUUCUUCAAUUUAGCAAACCAGAUAGACACCCGGACGAACCUCCAAAUUGCGAAGCUCACAUCGGAGAUAUCCGUCGCCACACAGCGCGAUAGCUCGUCCAUGAUCACAGUGGCGAUCGUUACCAUGUUCUUCCUUCCAGGAACCUUUUUAUCGGGCCAAAAUUCCCAGGCAUUUUUUAGUAUGAUUUUUUUUGACGCAAAACCCGAUGCUCGUGGCCGGCCCAAGGUUAUUGUAAGCCCUCAAGUAUGGAUAUAUGCCAUUUCCACCGUUGUCCUUACUGUUCUGGUAUUUUGUGCCUGGGGUUUCUGGCAUUGCCAUCGACUAAAGCAAGGAUCGGUACAUUUUGACAAGGAGAACAGCGGGGCAACAUGCCUCGCGGAUGAUGUCGCCAACAGGAGUCGCAGUCGAGAGAGUCUCUCCGCUUGGGAGAAUGACGAUGAUGGAGGGGAAGAAAUGAUUGCAAUUGACCAUAUAGUGGAAAGGUCUGGCCCGCAAACAAUUGCAACUAUGCCUUUCACGGCUCUCCCACGUAUCCGCAAAAAUUGA